AUGUUUCUCGAGGUUGUUGGUCAAGUUAAGACGAAGCGGGAUAUUAGUUCAAGGUAUCAAAGAUCAUUGGAUACGGUACAAAGGAAGCUUGAUGAUGUCUUGAGUGCUCUUCUCAAGUUUGUAGAGGAUACACUAAGACCACAAGAAAGCGAGUUUACAAGAGUUAAUCCGGUUUUGAGGAAUGAUGAUCGGUAUUGGCCUUAUUUCAGAGAUUGUAUUGGAGCACUUAAUGGAACUCAUGUCCUGUUCUUAUAUGCAUAUCUCGGUGUACCUGGUAGAGCACAUGAUACCAAGGUUUUGACUCAUUGUGCGAGGAAUGAGGCUUCUUUCCCACAUCCUCAUCCUGAAAAGUAUUAUCUAGUUGACUCUGGAUAUCCGACCAGGACAGGCUAUCUUUGUCCGCAUCGUAGUAUGCAAUAG